AUGAAAGGCAAGAAAAGAAAAAUACGAAAGAAAUUUAGUUAAAAUAUCAAAAUAAUUAAAGGAGUUUAAAAUUAGUGUAUAGAAGAGGGAUGUAUGAAAUUAGGCCUAAUAAAGAAGAAGAAAAGAAUUUUAGAGUGGGGAUAAAAGUUAAAUUAAUAAAGGAAAGAUAUUAAAAAUUAAUAAACACCAAAUAAAAAGAAGAAAACAAAAAUGGCUCGUGGUCCUAAAAAACACUUAAAGAGAAUCAACGCUCCCAAGUCUUGGAUGCUCAACAAGUUGGGUGGUAUCUGGGCUACCAGACCUUCCCAAGGUCCUCACAAGCUUAGAGAAUCUCUCCCUCUCUCUGUCUUACUCAAGGAAAGACUUAACUACGCUUUGAACGGUAGAGAUGUCACCCUUAUCCUCAACGAUAAGGAAUAAAACGUCUUUGUUGACGGUAAGGUCAGAAGAGACAAGGGUUACCCCACUGGUCUUAUGGAUGUCGUCAGAAUUGAAAAGACUGACUAAUCUUUCAGAAUCCUCUACGACACCAAGGGUAGAUUCGUCCUCAAGUCCCUCAGCAAGGAAGAAGCUAAGUACAAGCUCUUGAAGGUCACUGCUAAGGCUAUUGGUCCCAACCAAAUCCCUUACAUCGUUACCCACGACUCUAGAACCAUCAGAUUCCCUAACCCCGAAAUCAAGAUCGGUGAUACCCUUAAAUACGAUCUCGUUAACAACAAGAUUGAAAACUUCGCUCACUUAGAAUCCGGUAAUGUUUGCUACAUUCAAUAAGGUAACAACAUCGGUAGAGUCGGUAUCAUCUAACACAUCGAAAAGCAUCAAGGUUCCUUCGAUAUUUGCCACGUUAAGGAUGCUAAGGGUAACGCUUUCGCUACCAGAUUAGGUAACAUCUUCGUCUUAGGUCAAGGUAAGAAGUCCUGGAUCGAACUUCCUUCCGGUGAUGGUGUUAGAGAAACUAUUCUUGAAGAAAGAAAGAGAAAGUUCUCUUACUGA